GAUCAAUGGAUGUUAGUAAUAUCAAAUAUGAAAGAAAAAAAUGUCAUCUUUGUCGCAAUAUCAUGUAUAGCAGAAUUUGAUAUGAUAGUUAAAAAAGAUGAAGUUAAAAUUCAAGUUGAAGAUAUCACAAUUGAGAAAGAUAAUAUUUUCAUAUUGGAAGAUAAAGAGCAACAUUUGAAUGGAAAAACUGUUAUUUAUAAAAUACAUUUAGAUUCACAUAAAACAGAUAAAGUAAUUUUUAAAGUAGUUGAAGUUGAAAAAUAUAAAGAAGAAGAAAUUGGUGGAAUUGUUUCUUUUGUUCAUGAUAUACAAACUUAUUUUUUUAUUUUUAAUGCUAAUGGUAUCUAUAGGCUUACCAUUGAACUUGAUAAUAAUGAUUUUGAGCAAUUUAACUAUCCAAAAAGAUUUAUAAAAGAAUUAGAAACUUUAUACAGGUCAAAAUCUUGUAUAUUUCGUAUUAACAACUGUAUUUUUGGUAAUUACUUUCAUAUUGAGCAAUAUAGAGAAG